GAAAGGCUGGGUGAGGGAGUGAGCGAGAGGUGCCUACGGACAUUGUGGGAUAUUGGGUUCCCACUCUUUUUUGGCUGGCGGCUGACCUGAGCGUGUGCCCCCUUCAACGAGAGCGAUUGCAACCGUGCAGUAGGAUAAAACAGGGAGGCUAGUGGAAAAGACUGGAAUGAAAGAAGAAUAAGAGAGAGAGCUGAUAUAAGAGAAAAGGCACAACAGCGUGAGGCACCGCGGCGGCAGACACCAGCCAGACUAGGCAGACGGGGAAGAAAAAAUAAAAAAAUAAACAAGGGAACGGACUUACAUUUCCUCCAAGGGGUCGGAGUAACAAAAUAUAGGCUAGUAUUGGAAACGUCAGGACGCAAGCAGGUAUGGCAGAUGCAGACUUGGACUUCCAGACAGGCGAUGCCGGCGCAUCUGCCACGUUUCCCCAGCAGUGCUCUGCCCUGCGCAAGAACGGCUUUGUGGUGCUGAAAGGCCGACCCUGCAAGAUUGUUGAGAUGUCCACCUCCAAGACUGGCAAACACGGCCACGCUAAGGUCCACAUGGUGGGAAUUGACAUCUUCUCUGGUAAGAAGUAUGAGGAUAUCUGUCCCUCCACUCAUAACAUGGACGUCCCCAACAUCAAGAGACUGGACUACCAGCUAAUUGGGAUCCAGGAAGGCUACCUGUCCCUGCUCCAGGACAGUGGGGAAGUGAGGGAGGACCUAAAGAUGCCCGAAGGAGACAUGGGAAAAGAGAUUGAAAGCAAAUACGAAGCUGGAGAGGAGAUUCUGAUCACUGUUUUGUCUGCCAUGAAUGAGGAGGCUGCAGUUGCUAUCAAAGCCAUGGCAAAAUAAGAGACUGCAGGGGUUAACAAGAUGCACUGGACCUUGGAAAAAGGAGGGAAUAUUGCCUCGUCAAUGCUUCUCCCUCUUUUCUUUCUUUUGACUUUCUUUUUCAUAUCCUCUAUCACUCCCCCUCUCUUUCUCUCCAUCUCUGUACUUUCUUGCCCCUCUUUGGGUUCAAUAAAUAAUUGGAAGUGACAAACAAACACCUUCUAUAUAAAUUGCACACAAACACAACAAGCAACAUACAGUCUGUCACUACAGACUCAAAUGAGGAGAGAGAAGGGCAGAAUAGAGUAGUCUCUCACAAACAAAUGGUCGCCUAUUGUGAGUAGGUACAUCCUGCAGUACCUACCUCUCAGGGGAGGGAUGGGGAAAAUGUCACUGUUUUUGUAAAAUAUUUCCCCUGAUUCAUCAAGGGCUUCAACUCUAGAUUUAAGAUGGAGUGAUGUCGUUUUGUUGGGGGGGGGGGGUGCCACACUUACUCAAUCUUAACGUAGAAAUGUGUCGCACAGAACUGACGCCCAUUUCCUAUAACACAAAAUGACGAGUCUGUUCUGUGCGUCUAAUUUGGAUCUGUAAAAAUCCUGUGCGGCGCUCUCCUCUGAGCAAGCACCCUCUGUCUUGUUCUAUAUUUUGUGUAACGUAUAUAACACAUAAAAACUUGUCUAUUAAAAUGACGUUGUCAGGUUUACGGGCCAGGGUCUGUUCUUUCUCAGCACCAGGAGUGUGUCACUGAAGAACAGUCCUGUCAUCUCUUUCUCCCCCAAGUUUCUCUUUCCUGAAUAUCUGAGUGAUAAUAGUUUCUCUUUCCUGAAUUUCCGAGAAAGACCACGUAGAACACAGAAGAGAAUCUUCCCUUAUCUUCUAUCACCAAUAAAACAUCUGGUGAAGAAACCUAUGACAAGAGACUGCCAACAGAGCAGAUACUACCCUGGGUCACCUGUAGGAACAGGCACAGACUAGAACAUGACACAUUUACUUUGUACAAAGCUCCAUACGAGUAAAGAAGAAAAAGUCAUGAUGGUAUAUCUCCUUUUUUUUGUUCAAAAACAGUCCAAACUGUGCAGAAUGUCUCCCCGCCUAAAUUAAAGACGACACAAAUUGUUAGAAAUG